ACGGAAAAACACUGUUUAAGAUCACACCACUCAUCAGCAUUUAAGCAUUACUUGCAGUAUGCGUUAUACGAAAGUCGACAUGAUGGUUUAAUGAAAUGUUUCGAAUAAUACUGCGUAGAAAUCUAUCGGCGACAAGGAAACCGGCAUGCUAAAUUAUUUAAAGUGUAUUUAUUGCUCGUACCGGUCUUUGUUUACAGCUAGUGCGAAAAGCUACCAGUAAUAAUAAUAUGUUGAACAAAUAUGGUUAUGGAUAUGGGUUUAUACUAUUUUGCUUCUUAUUGCAAGUGGUCCUGAGUUCUUCUCAGGAAUAUAUGGUUUUUCAAGAUAAAGGUAGCAGAGUAAAUUGGUAUCAAGCGCUAAUCAACUGUAGAAACUCGGGAAUGGACUUGGCUAGUAUCCAUUCCCAACAGGAACAAAAUGCAUUAUAUGAUUUUCUAAGAGAUAAUGUCGACAGUAGGAACGGCGCGCCCAGGUAUUGGCUGGGCGCUACAGAAGAAGGCAACGGUCAAUUCUAUUGGGUGGCUACUGGUGCUAAAAUGGUUUUUACCAAGUGGUUAAUAGAUCAACCGGAUAACUACGGUGGUGAUCAAUAUUGUCUAGCAAUGGGAAUGGGCACAUUUAAUUCCGAUUUCGUAGACGGGGGUUGGGAUGAUUUAAAGUGUUCCCUACAGCUUCCUUAUAUUUGCCAAAGUGUUGACUAUUGUUCUCGGUCAGAUGGUGAUUUUAAUAGAUUGUAGAAAAUUGA